AUGGCAUUUGACACAUGGGGGCCAACCACAGAUGACUUUGAGGGCACAGCUAAAAUGUUUGGACUUGGCCCAAUGUUUAUGGACAAAUUUAAUGGUGACCAGUUCAGCAACCUACAGGCAUCAAAUCUGUACUACCCCUUCAACUCCCACAAUGAAUGGGAGCUGGCAUCAUGGUUACUUUGUUCAGGCCUGAGCAUGAGAGCUAUAGACUCUUUCUUGUCAUUGUCAAUUAUACAGCUACUAAAUAUUUCCUUUUGUACAGCCAGAGCACUUCAUGGGCUGGCUGAGUUACUCCCUGGCAGGCCAUGCUGGCACUCAAUGGAGAUUACUCCUUCACAGCCAACCAAACACCCUGUGCACUUGUACUGGCAUGAUCCCCUGGAAUGCAUUGCAUGGCUCCUCAACCACCCUUUGUUCUCUGACCAGCUUGAUUUUGUUCCAAGGCAUGUAUACAAAAUGCCCAAGAAGCUUUGUAGGGUGUAUACAGAGUGGAUGACCACUGAUGAUGCUUGGUGUAUGCAGUCACAGCUUCCAAGUGGAGUGACUCUUCUUGGCAUGAUACUUUCUUCAGACAAGAUGAAUAUUACUACUUUAUGUGGUGGCAGAGUUGCUCAUCCACUUCUUGUCAGCCUAGCAAAUAUCAAGAUGUCCACACACCUAAAAUUGUCAUCCAACUCAUUUAUGCUUGCUGCUCUCCUCCCUGUCCCCAAGUUCAUGCACAAGAACAAGCAUAUGUGUGGCCUCCUUGAAGAUAGGCUCAUUCAUGAAUGCCUGGAUAUUGUACUUGAACCUGUCAAGCAAGCUGCCAAACUUGGCAUUAUGUUACCAGAUUCUCUGGGGCACAUGCAAGACCCAUUCCAACAUGAGCCACAAACUGCAUCCACCACUUUGGCUCAGCUUGCAGCGAUGAAAUCGAAGGUCCACCCUACAAAUAUCCAAGUCUUCUUUCAUGAAGCACAGUGCUUUCACCUCAGCAGAGUUGGUGACCCAUUUUGGAGGGACAUUCCACUUUCUUGUCCAAGCACUUUUAUAACUCCAGAGCCCCUUCACCACCUGCACAAGGAAUUUUGGGACCACAACAUGAAGUGGUGCAUAAAUGUGGUUGGUGAAGCCAAAAUCGACUUUCACUUCUCAGUUUUACAGCCUACUGUGGGGUUCUGUCACUUUAAAGGUGGUGUUGCUAAGCUGAAGCAGGUGACUGGAUGCAUGCACUGUAAUGUCCAACAUUACAUCAUUGGUGUUAUCGCUGGAGCAGCCCCUCCCAAAAUUAUUACUGCUAUUCAUUUCCAAGCUUAUUGCAUUGAUGACAAUGAUCUUUGUAUAAUAUCUUCUGUACUGGACAAGUUUCAUGUGCACAAGCAUAAGGGAAACAAGCCCAUCAAGAAUUGGCACAUCCCCAAGUUAGAACUCAUGCAGAGCAUCAUACCAAGUGUGAAGUGUGUUGGGGGCACCAUACAAUGGACCACCGAUGUAACUGAACACACCCUUGUAUUGGAGAUCAAGACACCCACAUCAACUAGCAAUAACAAUAACUACAAUCCUCAAAUUUGCUGGUACCUCAAUUGUGCUGAAAAAUGUAGGAUGUUUGAACUUGUGACAUCAUUAUAUGAAUCGAAGACUCACUCCCAUGGUUGUGUGGAAGAAAAGUCCUUGGAGGUUGAGGAUGGGAGUUCUGAUGAUGGUGACAGUGAGAUCAGUGAUUGUGAGGAGGCAAAUCUAGUUUCCAAGAUGCCAGGUCCCAUGUGGCCUGUCACUGAUUACUUUGCCAUCUCUGCAUGCCUCAGGACCCCGGAUCCAGACUCCAUUCCCUUCCCCUUGUGUAGUUUUAUCACAGAUGGUAUGGUGAUCAACCUUUCCUAUGACCCACCCUUGCAAUGCAUUAGUGUUGAUGGUGCUGCCAAGAAGUUUGGACUACUUGACCUCCAAGCUGCCCUUGUCAAUUUUCUAAAUCAUGAGAAGGUGUAUGGACCAAGCUCUGUGCACACUAUAAGCAGGCAAUGUCAGGGAUCAAGCUCUUCAACCCUGCCUUAUACUGAUCUGCAGGUUUGGUACAAGAUGCAGCUGCAGAACAUGGCGAUACAUGAUAUCAUGGAUGUCCUCCCUGCCCAGACUCUCUUCUGUUCUCCACCUUGUGAGACCUGGACCCUUGGCCACUAUGAUGCAGCUAUCAUCAACAUGGACCCCCAUUUCAAAUGGCCAGAGAGCAGCCUGAAAGGUUUGUGGUCCACACUACUUUUCCAUGUCACUCACAAGAGUAUCUUAGGUCAUGUUGUUGGCCAGCUCUGUCUCCUGAUGCACCCUUUUGGCAAGAGGGGGGUAAGAUGGUCAUGGACAGACCAUUUUUUGGUCUACAUACAACAUUUUGACAUAGCAGCUGAAGAUAGAGUGAAUGGCCAACAUCUUGGCAAUGUCAUCCUGCUCAGUCAGGUCCAGGCAUUUGCACAUCUCAUACCUUGCUUUGGGCAAACUGCAGAUAAUCAAUUGAUGGCAUACAACUCCUUCAAGCAUUCUACUGAAUUCUAUCUCAACAAAUACUUCAACAAAAAUACAUACUUUGCCCUAAGUUGUUUGGACUCUCCUCCCAUCUAG